GGGUAAUAUGAGUACUAAAUCUUGCAUCGUCAAUCCCAACAUCAAAGUUGCUCAACUCAAAAAACAAAUUGCCCAACUCACCGAUAUAGAUGAAAAAGACUUAACUCUCUAUCUAAAUGACUACACUCUUGAAGAUGAAAACCCACUAUCUACUUAUAAUCCAGACGAUUGCCAAUUUAUUUAUGUUAACAGAGACAAUUUUCAACUGGAUGAAGAUGUUCUUGAAACUGAAAUCCUGGAAAUACAAAAUCGAGGAAUCUACAAUCGCAUGAAAGGCUAUGAGAAACUAGGCAUCAUUCACGAAGAUUCUGAAGAAGUUACGCGUAAAAAGUCUAAUUAAUAACUUACAGUUGAUUUCAUUAAGGUAACUUGCAUGUGUCCAUUAAUCAGCUAGUAAAAAAUAAUGAUAUCCCCGCUAUCAAAGCCUUGUUCCCAACCCAGUAUCCCAUAGACAUCAUCAACGAUAGACAAUACUCUGGAUUUUCCGCCUUCCAUUACGCAACUCAAUCUGGCCAUUCCGAACUAGUUACACUCCUUAUUGAAUUAGGUGCCAACAUCAAUUUGUCGACCAAGGAUAACCAAUCAUCAUUAUAAUUAGCCCUCAAAAACAAUCAAAUCUCAUGCGCUAAGAUUCUACUCUCAUAACCCCAUUGCGAUGUCAAUUUUGUUUCCCAAGGCAAGAGUGCACUUCAAUUGGCAGUCUUGGCAGGCAAUUUAGAAAUUGUUGAACUCAUCCUCAAACAUCCUACCUUCGACUCCCAAUCUAUUGAUCUCAAUGAAUUGAAGGGAGAUCCUCAAGCCAUACAACUGGUUGUUAACCUCUAGAAAUUAAACCAAACCAAUCAAGCCAACAAGCCCAAAGCUCAAAAAGGAUACAUCAAAAAGGUCAAUGUGCUUAGGUUUUUUCAUUACAAAAGAUACCUAACUCUCGACCCAGAGGCUGGAACCUUAACAAGAUACAAAACCGAAGCUGAUUACCCACUUCAACCUAUCGAAAUUGUUGCUCUUUCCAAUAUCAUUGGUGUGUGGCAACCUAAAAGAGAAUGGUACAUGAAGAGUGACCAUGAAUAUUUGAGUGUAUUCAAUCAGUAUUGAUUUAAGGUAUCCUAUAAGAAGGGAGGAAUUGAAAUCUUAACCUUCUGUUCCAAAAGCAAAAAUACUAUAUUGAGUUGGAGGAGAAGUCUAGAAGAUUCCAUUAAAUAUUAUACAGAAAUUGAAAAGAAAAUCGCCCAAUUAUCUGAAUUAAGAGAUGUAUAUGGGUUAAGUUAAUACAUAAAUGAGAAUAGUGAAUAAUUUAGCAUAAUUGAAGACUCUAGUUUCCAAAAUAAUUAGCAUGUAAUUAAAUAGAGAUAAUAAUAAUUACUUUAAUAAUAAGAAGAGGAUAAAUCAUAAAGAUAGGAUAGUUAUUAAUAAUAAGAUAGUAAUAUAUAAUAAUAAUAAUAAUAAUAAUAAUAAUAAUAAUAAUAAUAAGAUGGUAAUUAAUUUUAAUAAAUAUUGAACCUAUAAUAAUAAUUAAAUGAUCAAUAAGAAUCUCUAAAUUUAUCGCCCGUUGAAAUACCCUAAUCGAUAAAGUAAUGCUUUUAAUAUCUUGAAUAAUAUUCUGUUAUUAAACAAAUUGGUCAAGGUGCGUUUGGCAAAGUAUUUCUUGUUAAACACAAUCCUACUCAAAACAUUUAUGCUAUGAAACAAUUGAAUAAGAAAAGAUUAAUGCAAAAAAAAUAAAUAAAAUUUGCCAUUACUGAAUGCGAUAUUUUAAAGUAAGUUGAUUCUCCAUAAAUUGUAAAUCUAUUUUAAUCCUUUUAAACAGUUAACAAUCUCUAUCUAGUAAUGGAUUAUUGCGGAGGUGGAGAUCUCUCUUAUCAUCUAUGCAAAUACAAAACUUUCGAUGAAAAUACUUGUAAAAUAAUUGCUCGAUAAAUCAUGAAGGCUAUAGAGUAUUUGCAUAGCAAGGAUAUUAUUUACAGAGAUCUCAAACCAGAAAAUAUUAUUCUUGAUAGUGAAGGGAGGAUCAAACUUGUGGACUUUGGCCUAUCCAAAUAAACAGAUGACGGUAAAACACGCACCUUCUGUGGUUCGCCUGCUUAUCUGGCUCCUGAAGUGUUAGCAAAGAAAGGAGCAGUACAAGCCACAGAUGUUUAUGGGAUUGGAACAGUGUUAUAUGAACUAUUGCUGGGAGAUCCCCCUUAUUUUAGUGAAGACAUUGACACUUUAUACAACAGCAUUCGUAAUGACAAUCUGCACAUUCCUAAUAAACUAAGCAAGCCUUGUCAAUCAAUUCUCUUUGGAUUGCUGUAAAAGGAAGCCAAUAAAAGGAUCGGCUGCAAAUAGCCAUCAUAAGUAAAUUGGAACUUGAUAAAAUUACAUGAGUGGUUGGAAUGGGACAAUCCUGAAGAGAAGGUAACAUUUGGGAUAAGUUAGGAAAAUCUAGACAGUAUAAUUCGGAAAUAUACUCAUGUAUAAUGUGUUAUUAACAUAAUAGAAUCUUGGAGACGCGGAUUACAACGAAGAAAAUUCAAACUUAAACAGAAUAAAUGGAUGGACCUUUGUAAGAAAGAGUUGA